AUGGUGGCAGUCACUUUGCUAGACCUUAGAGGACAAAUCCACUUUAAAAUCAUGACAGCAAACAAUUCUGAACCAGUCUGCGCUUGCACCAGAUCCUGCAGCAGACCUGCGUGUCGUGACGGCGGGUCUCAUCCUGAGCUGGAGAGGCUGCGGAGGCUCUGGCGUGCGGCCAGACUUCACCAGGGCCGUCUCGAGUGGUUAAAAGUCGGUGGCCCAGAGCCGCUGGCUGCUGACCUCCCGCCUGGGACGCGUCUUCAGGCAGAUUUUGAGGUCAGCACAGACGCUCAGCUUCUCACGCUCGCGCUUUUGCUGCGCCUCCGAGGCGAGCCAGGCGUGAGCUCGCUGCAGGGAUGCUGCACCCUCUGCUCCGUCCUGACGCUCGUCGGGGGAAGCCUGGGCGUCCUGGUCGAAAUCCAUCAGGAUUCCAUCAACGGCACCGUGGGACAGUCCGCGCUCCUGCCCGUCUCCUACAGGUUCGGCGGUGCCCCUCGCUUCCCGCUGUCGUUUCACUGGGUGUUCAGCAACAGAGUGGACAAGCUUGUCAACUGCGUGGUGACGAACUGCUCCCUGGGUGCUGGGGGGGCUCCCAGCAAUUGCUCGGCAAGGUGUUUCGUCCACGCCACGCACCAGGGCCGUGUGGAGCUCUUCCCCGAGAACGGGUCCCUGGUGCUGCGGGACCUGCGGCUCAGCGACAGCGGGGUUUACAGUGUCACCUUCAGCCUGUCACGCCGAGGCAGGCACAUCACCCUGACCGUGCACGAGCAGCGUGUCACCCCGGAGCACCCAGGGGGAAGCCUGGGCGUCCUGGUCGAAAUCCAUCAGGAUUCCAUCAACGGCACCGUGGGACAGUCCGCGCUCCUGCCCGUCUCCUACAGGUUUGACGGUGCCCCUCGCUUCCCGCUGUCGUUUCACUGGGUGUUCAGCAACAGAGUGGACAAGCUUGUCAACUGCGUGGUGACGAACUGCUCCCUGGGUGCUGGGGGGGCUCCCAGCAAUUGCUCGGCAAGGUGUUUCGUCCACGCCACGCACAAGGGCCGUGUGGAGCUCUUCCCCGAGAACGGGUCCCUGGUGCUGCGGGACCUGCGGCUCAGCGACAGCGGGGUUUACAGUGUCACCUUCAGCCUGUCACGCCACGGCAGGCACGUCACCCUGACCGUGCACGAGCAGCGUGUCACCCCGGAGCACCCAGCAGACACGGGGAAGCACCACACCAAUUAUCCUGUAAUUGGAAUUUGUUCUUCAACCUCCCUCCUCCUGCUGAUUCUGUCCUGCUGCUGCAUAAAGCACCAAGCUCAACAGUGGAAGAGGAGGAUCGUCAAACAACAGCAGGUCUCAAGCGUGCAGGAAUCCCAGAUGGAAAGCACCAUGGGGAGGGACAUGGCAACCAUUUAUGCCCAAAUUGGAGACAACUUUGAACAGUCGCUGCCCUGACCGAUGCCAGAGGUCGUGCGCACAUCCAAAACUUCUCCGGCACCACCGGGACUGGGACCCUGGACCCUGCCACCUCCCAGCUUGACUGUGGGAGCUGCCCUGGGCGGGAGCUUUGCAGGAGGUAGUCGUGCCUCAAAGCACAGAGGAUGCUUUUGUCCCUGACGCUGUCUCCGCUGACGCUGCACCCUCAGAGCUCCCCCGCCAGCAGCUCCGCACGCUGAGCCUAGGCUGGAAAGGAUUUGGAGCAAGAGAGUACAGAAACGCAUUAGUUUGCCUCAGACUGCAGCCUCUCUGGAAGUCGAGGGAUGAGCUGGUUUUAGUUUCUCCUCAAGACUUCCUGAGAGUAUGAAGACAUCCAGAGUAAGAGAAAGAUGCCUAAGGCAAAGGCAAAUCAACAGUUCAUCCAUGGGGAGCUUGUUUCCAUAGACUCACCUUAAUUUGUGGGGUAAUGGAGAGCAUUAAAAGGAUUUUAAUCAUGUUUCCUAGAUUCACUACCAAUAGUCUUGCAUAUUAAAAGAAUAUAUAAAGAUCCUUUGGCCUGAAAAGUUGUUCUUAUUUUUGUAUGUAUGCCAAGUAAUUGUUGAGCAGACUUCCUACAAUGAAAUCUGCUUGACCUUAGGAUCCCAGAGCAACAGGUUCCUCUGCUGUUUUGAAAUGUCCCUUUUGAAGCACAAAGAGAUGGGGAUUUCUGUACAAUUGAUUUCCUGGCACGUAAUGCCAUUUCCUCAAAACUGUGUGCAUGGGUGGAAGAAAGCUGAGCUGUGUAAUCCUAGUUCAAAAUUAAAAGGC